AUGUCUAUGAAUGCGGAUCCGCCUAGGGUCGCCUACAUUGUCUCGGCCGAGCUCGUCAAGUAUGCGGAUUUGUUACCAUCCAACAAAGGUCGCUCGUCACUCGUCCAUUCGCUCGCCUACCAUCUCGAUCUUCUCGAUCUUGACGGGCUCGAUGAGGACGAUGUGAAUAUUUCCGGCACUUCAUCCGUAACCUCACAGAAAGCAGCGCUCCUUCUGGCCGUCAGAGCGGAUGCGUCUGCCAGCCCAACUGCGGAUGUGAACCGAAGACGCGCGAAAGUCUACCUGCCCAACGCUGCAACGUAUCAGCAGCUGACAAGUUACCACGAAGAGGCAUUCGUCAAACAGCUGGGCAAGGGAGCCAGAGCUGGCGAUCUCGAAUGUACUCUCUCCAAACGACGCAAGCUGGAUCGGAACCCCGCAUCGAACAGCGAAGCAUCCAGCAGCGACUCGGAAGCUUCCGUUGCAUCUUUCCACGGCUCGGACAGCUCUAUGGAAAUGCGCCUUCGGCCCUCUUCCUCGCUGUCUGACUCUCAAAGCAAGGGUGGCUACAAACGGAUUCUUCUAGCAAAGGAUCAAUUUGGCCUUCAAGAUGACUGUCCUGCAUUCGAAGGUCUUCAACAACACGUUUCACUCGUCGCGGGUGCAGCAAUUACAGCCGCGGAGCUGCUUGCCACGGGUCAGGCGGAUAUCGCUAUAGCAUGGGACGGAGGUAGGCAUCAUGCGAAAAAAAGUUCUGCCUCAGGAUUCUGCUACAUCAACGACGUCGUGCUUGCCAUUCUCUCGCUCCGAAAACCCCGAAAGGUCACGGUUACCACGAGCGUUCCUCGCAUUCAAGAAGAAGAAAAGGAAAAGGAUGAUGUGGAAAUGAUCCGCAAGACAACCAUCAAGCGCGUCGAUCGAGUCCUCUACCUUGACUUUGACCUUCACUGGGGCGAUGGCGUGGAGGAAGCCUUUCAUUCCACUUCUAACGUGCUCACGCUUAGCAUUCAUCACUACGCGCCGGGCUUUUUCCCAUGCUAUGCUGCUUCUGCCAAUCCUGAACGCUUCACACCUCCAGGAUCGCUCAAAAGUGAUGCAGGGGCAGGAAGUAGGACGCUUAACAUCCCGCUCGGUAUCGGCACAUCCGAUGAUAGUCUAGAGAGGAUAAUGAGCGGUACUAUCCAGCCGCUUUUUGAGGCAUGGGAUCCAGAAAUAGUUGUAGUGCAGUGCGGAGUAGAUGGAUUGGCGGGCGAUCCGAUGGCCGUGUGGAAUCUAUCAGCUGCUGCAUAUGUCAAGGCAAUCCAGAGUGUAUUGAGCUGGAACAAGCCGGUGCUCCUGUUGGGUGGUGGUGGAUACAACAGUGAAAAUGCCGCUCGCUGUUGGAGCCUUCUCACUGCAGUCUGCUUGGGUCGAUUCCACAGCAAUGGUUCUGAGAGGAAUCGCAGCCCCACCGAAGCCUCACUCAAACAACCUGUUCCUUUGACAGAGCACGAGCGAGACUCUUCGAAAGAUGCAAAAAGAGACAGGCAAGCAGCUGCAACAUCACUGCUCGACACAAUCUCCUACGACACAGCCAUUCCGGAUCACAAGUUCUGGCCAAAAUAUGCACCGACGUAUACACUCGGCGUUCCAGCGGGCGAGAUGAUCGAUCAAAACAACGAGGCGCACUUCGAGGCCAUCUCAAAGACCUUCAUCGAGCACGUAAAAAUGGUGUCCGCGUCCCGCUAG